CGGAAUUUCCUCUUUACCAGAUCUGGCGCAUGCGCAUAUCGAAAAAGAAUGCGGACUUUGCAGCUCUCCCAAUAUUAAAUUGUUUGAUGGCCAUAAUUUGAUAAAUCAUGUCGAAAGCACCAUCUCAGGCCGGUUCUUCGGGUGCCGCGGCCAACCUGGGACCUUCACCGUCCUCCUCCUGCUCCUCACCCUCGGCAGGCGGCACGACGUCCCCCGCUAACGUGCUGCACGCACAGCCCGAGAAACCCCAGCACUACACGUAUCUGAAAGAGUUUAGGACAGAGCAGUGUCCCUUAUUUGUGCAGCACAAGUGCACUCAGCACCGGCCCUUCACCUGCUUCCACUGGCACUUCCUGAACCAGAGACGACGGAGGCCGAUUCGCAGACGAGAUGGAACAUUUAAUUACAGCCCUGAUGUGUACUGUGUUAAAUAUGACGAGGGCACAGGGAUCUGUCCCGACGGAGAUGAGUGUCCAUUUCUGCACCGGACGGCUGGGGACACAGAGAGGCGGUAUCACCUGCGGUACUUUAAGACUGGUUCCUGUAUCCAUGAGACUGAUGGGAAGGGCCACUGCAGUAAGAAUGGCCCUCACUGUGCCUUUGCUCACGGCUCACAUGACCUCCGUAGCCCCGUCUAUGACAUCAGAGAGGUUCAGGUGUUAGAAGCCCAGUCUUCUAGUGGAUCGGUUGAGGGAACAUCUGGAGAAGGACAGUCAGGAGUCGUGGCCAGCACUGCACUCAUAGAGAAGAUCCUGAGUGAAGAUCCACGCUGGCAAGACAACAGUUUCGUGCUCUCUCACUACAAGACUGAGCUUUGCAAAAAACCUCCCCGGUUGUGCCGUCAGGGCUAUGCAUGUCCCUACUAUCACAACAGCAAAGACCGCCGGCGGAGCCCUCACAAACACAAAUACAGAGCCCUGCCGUGUCCCUCGGUGAAGCACAGUGAUGAGUGGGGGGACCCGAGUAAAUGUGAGAGCGGUGAAAGCUGUCCGUACUGCCACACGCGGACAGAACAGCAGUUCCACCCGGAGAUCUACAAAUCAACCAAAUGCAAUGACAUUCAGCAGAGUGGCAACUGUCCGAGAGGGCCGUUCUGUGCUUUUGCUCAUUUAGAAAAAGUGACUGUCAGUGAUGAGCAGCUGGCCGCACAAUGCAGUUCACCUCCUUUUGAAACUUCCUGCUCCGCUUCCUUAGAAGACUUCAAUCAGAGUGGGCCGAAUGUCAGCACAGAGGAAGGGCUGCUGGGAAGGGUUCUGUUUGAGGAGUCCUCCAGUCUUGAUGCCAGUCCUGGAGGAGAGGGGGGUUAUGGGAAAGCCCCUGGGUUUGAGAGAGAAGACCAGGCCAGGUAUAGAAGUUUUUCAAUGGAGCAGCGCAGCAGAGACAUUUCAUCCAUGCACAGCAAACAGGAUUUGUUGGUGUUUCUGCCCGUCGGCAGUCCUCUCAGUAUGUCCUCCAGCAUACCUUCCAGUCUGGCAGCCACCCCACCCAGCCCUGCACCCCCCGGCCUGUCUUCAGGCAUGAACGCCAACGCGCUUCCCUUCUACCCUACAAGUGACACGGUGGAGUCAGUAGUGGAGUCUGCAUUGGAUGAUCUAGACCUGAAUGACUUUGGAGUCUCGGCUCUUGAGAAGAGUCUAGAGAGUUCUGCUUUACCCAGCAUGGGCCUCAUGUUAGGAGGCAGUCAGUUACAGAGUUCAGCACCUGUGAACAUCCCUGGCUCCCUCAGUAGCCCCUCCCCUUUCAGAUCACCUCCGCCAUCACCUUCUCCACCAAUCAGAGCCCACCACUCUCCAUUCCUCUCUGCACAGUUGCCACAACCCAGCCAAUCAGAGAGUAGCUUUUUAGGGACCUCCCAUGGUUCUUUAGGUUUAAAUGGCAUGAGCAGCAGUAUUUGGGAACAUUUUCCGACAGGCCAAAGUUCGCCAGGUACCCCUCCUGCCCUGCUUUCCACAGGGAGCAUGUACACCGAGGCGUCACGUCUUAAACAGGAAGUGGAGGAGGCACACAGGGUGCUGAAACACUGGGACCACAGCUGGAGACAGAUGACUCAGUCAUUGGCGGUUUUAAAAGCAGACGCAGAGGACACUCGUCUCUUGGCAGGGCAGCUGGGUGUGGAGGCGGAGCGAGCGCGGCGGGCUGAAGUGGAGGCGCAACAGCAAGCCGCUUUCCUGGAGGAGGCGCUAGAGAGCCUACGGCAUGCAGAAAACCCACAUCUCCAGCUUCACCAGCUACAGUUACUGCACAGACUUCCACUGAGCUCCAUCUGCAGCCUGCAGGCACAGGUCUGCUCCUGCUUGCGCACUGUAGAACAGGCUGUGUUCAGGAAGCAGAGAUUAUGUUGUGUAUCUUGCGAUGAGAUGGGAUCAGUGACGUUGCCAUGCCAACAUGGCCUGCACUGCGAACGAUGCGCAGCGUCAACCGAAUGCCCGCUGUGCACCGAACACCAGCAGAGCAUGAACAUCCCACAGUCAUAAUCCUGAUCUGCUAUCAUCCACACACUAGACACAAACCCUGACCCCUCACUGGAUCUCGUUCACAUUUCACUCAAAUUCGCAUUACAACUACGACUAAAUGUAUCCUACAGAGCCCAAAGCCUUAUCUUAGCUAAAAGCUGAGACUUAAUUGAUAAAUAUGAUCUAGUUUGAUUAAUAUUGACCAUAUCAAUAAGACACACCAUAUCCUUUACAUUAGCAUGCAGUCUGUUCUAGACCUCAAUGGGACCAUUAUAUUUUCAAAAAGAAAGAAAAUUACUAGAGAAACUGACAUACAUCAGCAGUUUUUGAUAUUUUCAGAUUUAUUGUGGGGACAAAACAUCACGGAUACAGUAUAAUAAUACGUUUAUGUCUCAUUGUAAUCAUUUUCCAUGUCUUAUAACUGGGAACAGACCAAAUAUAACUUGUAUUAGUAUUCAGAUCUGGUCUAGCACUAAUAAUUUAGUUCUUGCUUACGUGACAACACAUUUUAAGUGAAGCUCAUGAUACCAAAAUCCCAUAUUCCCUAUAUGCAUUAUAUAGAAGCAUAACACACACACACACAUAUAUA